AUGAAAGCUGUUACUAAGAAAUUUGGUAAACUCAUUAACGAAUCAUUGACUCCAUAUCCACUGAUUCAUGGGAAAAAGUACACCAUACAAGGAACUUUUUAUACUAACAAAACAGUGCAGUGGGGUACAAUACAUGUCACAUUGGCAUAUAAUUUCAGGAAUAUUGCUAAUUUAACUCUUGUUGAUGAAAAACUGAAUCUAUGCGACUUCACUGUUGAUUUAUUGAAGCUGCAUUGUCCAGUACCACCAGGAAUAUACCAGUUCAAUUAUACUGAUACAGUCCCAAAGCUCUUUCCACCAGGUAGGUAUUAUGCCAAAGCUACUGCAUACAAUGAGGAAGGAGAUGAAAUGAUGUGUCUAAUGAUAGACAUUGAUAUAAAUUAA